AUGGAAUCCAUAUCCAGAAUAUCCAGCUUGCUGGAAAGUGCAAGGGAACUCACACUCGAUGCCGCGCAAUCUGCGAGGAGCUCUCGAGGGGCAGCGGCGUUGAAGACGUUGCCGCCGCAGCAGAUUAAGAAGUUAUUGGAUAGUAGACAUGAUAGGGAGGUACUGGAGGGGUUGAGGAAGGUCAUCUCUAUGAUGUACCGUUCCCAACCAUGCCUCACAUUCUUCUCUUCCGUCGUAAAGAACGUCGCAUCCCCGAAUAUCGAGAUCAAAAAGUUGGUUUACAUAUACCUCCUUAACCACGCGGAACAAGAACCCGACCUCGCCCUCCUCUCUAUAAACACCAUUCAAAAGUCUCUCUCAGAUGGCAAUCCACAAGUCCGAGCUCUGGCGCUCAAAACUAUGUCUGGGAUUCGUGUGCCUGUUAUCAGUCAAAUCGUAUCGUUGGCCAUCAAGAAAGGGUUGGGGGAUAUGAGUCCAUAUGUUAGGAAAGCCGCAGCUUUAGCUAUACCGAAAUGCUAUAGAUUGGAUCCGACUACUCUCCCACAGCUACUAGACUACCUAUCGACCUUACUGGGGGACCGACAAUACUACGUAGCCGGCGCAGCAGUAACUGCAUUCCUGGAAAUAUGCCCCGAACGCCUCGACCUUAUUCACAAGCAUUACAGAGGACUCGUAAAGAAACUAGUCGACAUGGACGAAUGGUCGCAAAUGGCCACCCUCCACCUAAUGACUAUCUACUCCCGUAAGUCUUUUCCCAAACGAAGCCGGCGCGUCCGCAAAACUGCCUCCAAAAGCAACGGAACCCAACAAAGUUUCUACGAAGACUCCGAUGCCGAACAGGAAGAAGACACCGAAGAAACCAGCGAGACAGUUCAAGUGCUCGACCCGGAUCUCGAGCUUCUCCUCAAAAGCAUCAAACCCCUUCUUCAAUCCCGCAACUCUGGCGUCGUGGUAGCCGUAUCCCGCUGUUAUGUAGCCCUCGGCACCCUAGACUAUAUAAACCAUUGCAUCGGUCCCCUCAUAGCUCUCCUACGCGGCCCCUCAGAUAUCCAACACAUAGCCCUAUACAACAUCGUUUCCGUGUGUCUCACACGCCCCGAGGCAUUCGUCAAAUACGCCUCUCAUUUCCUAAUCCGAUCAACCGAUCUCCCACAGGUAUGGGAACUCAAGCUCGAAUUACUCACCCUGAUCUUUCCGCAUUGCGACGCCUAUAUCAAGAGUCUAAUACUGAACGAACUGGAACAUUUCUCCCGCGGCUCGGAUCGAGAAUUGGUGACAGAGUCCGUGAGGGCUAUUGGUCGAUGCGCACAAAGUGAUUCUAGAACAUCCGCAAGAUGUUUACGUUUACUAUUGAAGCAAAUCACAAGUCUCGAUGGAAAUCUAGUCGCCGAGUCACUUACUGUAAUCAGACAUCUUAUACAACAAGAUCCAGCAUCUCAUACACAUACCGUUAUUCGCCUAGCCAAGAAUUUAGACACAGCUACAAAUCCCGGGGCUCGAGCUACGAUUAUUUGGCUCGUUGGAGAAUUUGCUGGUAUUGAUGGAGAUAAUAAUAUUGCACCAGAUGUUCUUCGGAUAUUGGCUAAAGGUUUUGCUGAUGAAGCAGAGCCUGCAAAAUUACAAAUUGUUCUUCUAGCUGCUAAAGUCUAUCUACAUCAUCUGAACCGCACCACGCCAGAACCAGAACCAGAACCUAUCAAACCUUCAUCAACUCCUCAGCCUUCACACGAUUACGCCAGCAUUGAAGAAGAAAAUGAAGGAUUUGCCUCCCUUGACUCACCUCCUCAAACAUCCUUCUCUCCACCCCCCGAACCGGAAUCCGAACCUGAUCACCCCAUUAUCAUCCUCUGGAAAUACAUCCUCCUUCUAGCCCGCUACGAUACCUCGUACGACCUCCGCGACCGCACCCGUCUCUACAAAUCUCUCCUCGCCAUCCCCUCCUCCACCCAACUCGCAUCUCUCAUGCUUCUUGCUCCGAAACCCAUCCCCCACACCCCCAGUCCCUCCGAAAGCCGCACCAACUUUACUCUCGGAAGCGCUAGUCUCGUCGUUGGCGACGAGGGGGGUAUGCACGGGUUAAGAGGCUACGAGGCACUACCUCCCUGGGUCGAAACUGGUUCCGAGCCAGACCCAUCGUUGCGAGAACCCGACUCCGCUCGGAAUGAAUAUGAAGAGAAGAAAGCUAUGACGGCAGGACAGAUACUAGAUAGUGCCGUGAAAGAUUUUAGGCCAAGUGUUUCACCUUCGAAGACGAAUGGAUUUAAUGCUGGGAGCUCUGGCCCUAGCACAGCUCUAGGAAAGGAGAAAACACUUGAUGACUGGUUAGCCGAGUCUGAGGAGGAGGAAAGUGACGAGGAAGAAGAUGACGACGACGACGAGGAAGAAACCGGGGAAACGGACGAAGAGUCCGGAGAGGAAGAAUCCGAGGAAGAGGGAGAAGAAGAGGAAGAAAGUAGUGAUGAUGAUAAAGAGGACGCUAGACUAGUUAAAUAA